AUGAAUGGCUUAUCGUUGCGAAUAUCUAACGUACGAGCGACUGAACAUGUUAAAAAGAAUGCUGAAAUUCGAAUGGAUAUAUUCCAAGUGCCUUCAAUGUAUCUAAAUAUGGAAAAUCCUCACAUAGAUAAGCUCAACUCUUCGGAAACAAUAGAAGAACAGAUCAAAGUUCUUAAAGAGUAUUCCACUUUUGUGGUAGGACUUGAGGAAUCAUUACAACUUCAUGUUCAAACCUUGGCAAAUCUCUUUAUGGCAGCUCCUCUCAAACAUGCCGUUCGCAAUACCAUAGCUCGAACUUUGAGCAAUUUAACUGCCAGUCGGGAAAUAGCCGCGGCUAGUAUUGCAAAUAGUAUAAAAGCGCGUAUCGAAGAAGAUUCCAAUGAAUUAACAGACCCAGCCCGUCGUAAUACUACGAUCUGCAAUAUUGGAAGUUGUUUUGAGAAUUUCAAAGUCGGUUGCGAUGCUGUGCGUCUUAAUUUGCAGCAGCUUUUCCAAUUUCUGAACAAAUCGCUCAUGGUGUAUUUGGAGCGAAUGAACGAACAGGUCUCUCCUUCAGAUAAAAGCGAGUUGUGUUUGUUCAUUCAUUCGGCAAUCCGUAUUGUAAUAUCUUGCUUUCAACAAUUUCCCGAUCAAUUAAAGGCAUCGUAUGAAGGAGAAAAGAAUGUGGAAAAGCUAAUACUUAUAUGCUGGGAUUUGCUAGAAAACCCUGAAAUACCCAUGGAUACUAAAACUAAUUGUGGUAUCCUUAUAGCCAUGAAUGCUAAUCUGGAAAAGCGCUUUCUGCGAUUAGCACAACGAAUAUUUGCCGAGGAUAGUUCAGCAAAGCAAAUGUGUUUGUUGAAUGGAAUUAUUUGCACAAUAGAAAACGAACACUUCAAUAAACCCGACUGGAAAGGUAUAGAAGUUCUACACCAAGCAGCAACAGCGCUUAAAGAAAUUUCCGAAGAAAACUCCGUAGAAGUUAGCAUCGUGUUGGGGACAACCCGCGGGUUUUUCCAAAUGACUAAACGUUUGCUAAGCCUCAAAUUAGAUGGUUAUAAAACAUCAGAACGGAAGGAACUCGUAGACAUCUUGGCGAUUAAUUUACGCUACUCGCUCUCCCAUCUGGAUCAUUAUGUCGACAGUAUUAGACAUAUUUCGCGCGAUCUGCUGAAAUGCACUAUUCAGUUAGGAACAAAACUAGACGACACGUUGAAUGGGAUUAUUUAUGAUUACAUUCGUAACGGAGCUAUCAAUAUUAGCACGAAGUGUGUUCUAAUUGGUGCAAUAUCCUCCAUAUUAAGAGCAAAAGAAGUUUUGCGCGCCAUACCAGAUGUAGCUGAUUUUUUAUUACGUUCUUUGACUCGCAACGAUCAUUCAAAUAUUAAUCUGCACAUCAACAAUUGUUAUGAAUCGUUAAUGAUGUCUUAUUCGUAUGAAGAUAACAAGCAAGAGUGGUUCGAUCGGUGGAUUGAUCCGAUUCUAAAGGAAAUUUGCAACGGUCGCGAUAGCACUAGUAGUGAAGUUGGCGAUAGAUUCGAAAUGAAUGUUAUUGCGCAACAAGACACAGAUGACGAUGCAAGUGAUGGCAAUUCCGGAAAUGAUAUUCGAGAAACGUUGCAUGAUCUUAUACGAAAAUCAAUACGUGCGUAUCCAGAAAUCGCAAUAUACAUGCUCGACAGUAAAAUUGGAAUAAGUUUCGGAUUGAUACUGUCUUCUUUGGGCAUUGCUCGUAAAAACGGUCUUUUUGACACGGUCCAAUCGACAGAGGCUAUGUGGAAAAAUUUGCUCGCUUAUGACGACAUACGGCAAGCUAUGAUAUCCGCAGAUGAUGCAACUCGUAUGUCUGCCUUGUACCUGUUAACGGAAUGCCACAAAAGUACGGAAAUAUUUACCAAGCAAGAUUUGGACUGCAUCCUGUUCUUUUUAGAAACAAAUAUAAACGUACAGGCAGCUUCUCUUCGACAAAAAAUAACGUCAUGUAUGAAGAACGCUUUAAACCGGUUACGGUCAGGGUUUCUAAGCAUCAUCAAAAAGUCAGACAUCGAUGGAAAAAGUCACUACUAUUACGAUUUUGUCAAACGACUGCAUGAGUUUUGCAUCGACAGCCAGUUUAUCGGAGCUAACUACAGCCGAAGGGCAAUAUCUUUUCAAAUUCUACUUCAGUUGUUACAAAUUUCUUCUUAUAUAUUCUAUGACGACGAAAAUACGAGUAUUUGGAACGAAAGACAAGUGCGUAUCUUACUUUCGGCACUUAAUGACAGCUACGAGUCGAAUAAGCAUUAUUCGUUGAAAGUGUUAUCCUUUUGCCCGAAACAGAUCGUUGGAACGUUCAAUCAUGAGUUGAAUUUUGAGGCUACUCGCGCACUCAUGAUCAGCCCACGUCCAAACGAUUCCCUCUCGGCAGCGUAUUAUCUCGAGUAUUUAUGCUUUGUCAACAGCACAAUUGAUGCUCCCCACCUUGAGAUUGAACCGGAAAAAUGUGGUAUCUUAUCGAAAGUAUAUCGUUGUUUCUUGUGGUGUGAAGAAAUUCUUAUGCAAGGACUUCGGUUAGCCAAACAUUCACUGGUUCGUGCAUCUCGUGAGAACCCAAUGUUUGGGGCAUUAAUUUGCAUCCGUCAUCUUUUAAGCAAGCUGGAUUUAAAGGAACUUUCACAGGAUGAAUGCUGGCGUUCGUCCAUCGUUCGGCUGAUUGAAACUUGUGACAGCAUUUCUAAAGUAGUAUCAGUCGUUACAAAUAACUCUUCGCCAGAAGGAACAUUCCUGGAAAACUUCGAAGAGUCAAUUGAAGGCGAUUGCGAUGACGUAGAGAUGGAUGAUGAUAACGAGUUGUCAUCUGAAACUGUUGCUACAUCACCUGCGAUAAAAGACCCAACGCCUGAAGACACAAGUAAGCUAGAAACAACGCCGCAAAUGAUUCUUCUGUGUUCGUGGCGCACCAUCAAAGAAAUUUCACUUAUACUGGGCGACAUAGCUUCUCGAUCACCGAUCAUUGAUGUAUCAGACAAUACGUCGUGUAGCGAUUGUGUAGGACUUCUAACGUGCCAGCAAAUUUUGGAAAUCGGAAAUCAAUUUAUUGAGCUGCUAUCAGAAACAAAACAUCGGGGAGCUUUCGAACAGGCAUAUAUAGGGUUUUCCAAGAUAUGUUUGAGACUUUGGGGAUCACCGCAUGCUGAAUUGCAUCAGCUUCCGAUGCAUUGGAUCAAGGAGCUUAUUAACGCCAUCACAGGCGGAGGCAACACAGUCGCCGGAAACAUCGUAGGCGAUAUCGGGGAGAUAAACGUCGAUAAGCUAUGUAUAACGCGUCGAAGUGCAGGCAUACCGUUCAUCAUUCAAGCAUUGAUCACUUCCGAACUGCAGGUCAGUUCAACAAAAGGGCUACAGUUCUGUAUGAAAACUCUGCUCGAACUUUGUCGAGGUAAAACAACAGCUAGUCAGACUCGUACUCAUUCGUUGAACAUUCUCCGCUCCUUAUUUCGAUCAACCGAUCUGGGUGAAGCGGUGGGUGAAUUUAUUGCAGAAGGUAUCAUGUGCGCUAUUAACGGUUACGAAGCUGAGUCUUGGUCGGAAAGGAAUUCUUCGACUUUGCUAUUUUCUGCAUUAAUGGUACGGAUAUUCGGCGUACAACGGAGCAAAGAUUCAGAAAAUCUAAAUAUCCGCAACAAAAUGACUGGAAGAAUAUUCUUUUUGAGAUAUCCGUUGCUUUAUGAUUACUUUGUGUUUGAGUUAGAGAAAGCAAGCAAAGUAAUCAUUCAGGGUAGUAGAAGCAAAAAACUGCAUCCUUUAUUGUUGCUUCUUAGUAGAUUGUAUCCAUCGGCUCUGGAAGGAAGUGAAUCAAACUUAAAGUUAUCACGAUUCGUUCCUUUGGUAUCGAUUUGCUCUGGUUGCGCAGAACUUCAAACUCGUUACCUGGCUGCAAAGAUAAUUUCCAUAAUCGUUUCUCCGGAUUUAGUGUUUGAUCGGAUAUGUCUACUGUUGGAAAGUCUAAACCGUUCAAAUAAUCGGAAUAUUAAUCCAAACUCUCUGCACGGGGCUUUACUUCAGAUUUUGUAUCUUGUAAAAACAAAACAUCCCGGCUUAAUAGCUGCCGCCACUUCUAGCGGUCAGUUGAAUAAUUGGAUCGAACUGUACACUGCGAUUUCCAAUUAUUUGUUCGAAGUGAAACCUAACUUCAUAAUUUACAGUACCAUACUUGAUAUAUUGCUCGAAAUUCUAGCACGAUGCCAACACAUCAUCAUUGCGGAGGACGAUCAGUUCAAUGAUGAUCUUAGCAAUAUUGUUGACUAUUUAAUGAAUUUGGCUAACCAUCGAAAAUUUUAUGGUGAUCCGUUAGUGUUUCAAAAAAUAGUACUCUUGAAGGCUUUUAUGUACUUGUAUAGUGACGAUGAGGCAGCAAUUCGGAACUCACAGUGUUUUCUUCUACGUAUCGCUCCGGAAGGUGAACCGAAACAAUCGCCAGAAUACAUUGAGGCCAUGUUAAAUACAUCUUUACUGGUGUUAGAUGUUGAUCAUAUAGGAAAACACUGCGAGGAAUACGACAUAACCCCUGUGGAGGUGUUUUACUUUCGCAAUAUUUGCGAACAUAAACCAGAACGGUUACGAUGGCUUAAAGGGGAAUUGUUGCGGUCACAGCAAUUUCACGGUGGCUUAGAACGACUCAUUCAUUCCGAAAAUCAAUGCAUGUUGCAGCCAUAUACUAUACAAGUAAAGGCUUAUCUAGUGCUAAGCUACAGCGGUUCAGGCGUUGGCAAUGUUUUAUUAGAAGGAAAAAGCACCCGGGAAGCGAUACAAAUAUUGUACAGAAUAGCAAACAGUCGUCCCCACCAACUACGCAGUGCCAUGUUUCGGUGCUUGAAGCGAAUGCUACAACAUGAAGCAAAAGGCUCAAACGAAUUUACACUCAAUGUAGAUUUCCUUCCUACUCUCAGUGCUGCAUAUCAAUCAAAAUCGACAAGGAUAACUGCUGUGGAGUGUUUACACAUCGUUGGGAGAAAAGUUUUUGAAGGAAAAUCGUUGAACCAAUAUAUAAGUUUUAGUUACGCUUUACUAGAUUUACUUUGUGAUGAUGAUUCUAACAUUCGAGCCAAAGCGUCGCAAGUCGUGAGCCAGUUGCAUCACGUGGUAGACAAAAUCAAAAAAAAACCGCUUGUAGCAACGUACGCACAAAAGGUGUAUUUACGGUUACUUUCGAAGACGUUGCUGGCGCAUAAGUUCACUCUAAAUCAAGUAGUGGCUGUUGUCGUUGUAAUAUGGAUACUAAAAGAACAAGACAAAGUUGACGAUUCCGUAAAUAAUGAUGAAGUAACAGAUAUGAAAGUGUUUGAUAAAAACGAAGUAAAUAUUUACGGUGAACUGGAGCUAGUAAGAAAUUAUUGCUUAGUCGAAUUGCAACAUUUGCAAUCAAUCUAUGAGGAUUACGAGCUGGAAAGCAAUAUAGAAAAAAUUCAAAAAAUUGUAGACAAACAUUUACAGCAUCCUACGUGUAUACGUGAGCUCUUACAAUCCGUCGUGAAAGUACCGUCAAAACUCAUAGGAAUCGUUUUGUAAGAAUUCAUUGCUGUUUUUUU